AUCAUUUUGGAAAAAUUAAUAUACUAACAGUGUCUGUGAAGAUUGAUCUACCAAACAGCCGGCUAACACAGAAAAGUUUUACCAGCAAAAAUCAAACUCAUUUUUGUCUGAAAAACAUCUUCACAUAGCUAAUGUCUAUGCCAUUUCUUUCUCUUUGUCCAAACAUCUCCUAAUCCUUUCCUCUCUAUGAUACCCUCUUAAAUUUCUCUUCCUUGAUCCUACUCCUCAAUCGAUUCCUUCCUUGGCGGCGAGAAACUUGAGAGUUUUAGUUUCCAUGGAAUCCCACCAGAUGCUUGAGGGCUCGAAAAGUCCAAGUGAGGAGAGUGAUAGAUCGGAGCAAGGUGAAAUAGUCAGCGGUGGCAGAUCAUAUGAGUGCGUCUUUUGCAAGAGAGGGUUUACCACAGCACAAGCUUUAGGUGGUCACAUGAAUAUUCACAGGAAAGAUAGAGCCAAAACCAGCAAGCCAUCAGCUCCAUCAAAAGUCGAUGAGAAAUCGUAUUCAUAUCAGCCGAUUCAGAACCAUGGUCCGCAUUAUGUUGUAGCUCCAGAGGUACAUAUUGGGAAUUACCAAGCACCUUUUCCAUCAUCUUCACCUGGCGAUUUCAGGUCUCAUGAUGCCCAUCCUGUGGAUGACUUUUAUGCAGCAAAUCCAUGGAAUUCGAAUGCCUCUUCGGGGUGGUCUAGUGGUCUUAGCUUGGGGAUGGGCCCCUCCGACGGAUAUAAUGAGAAUAAGAAGGUAGAAGAAGAUGAAUUAGACUUGGAGCUUCGACUAGGUCAUGAUCCAUAGUUGUCUAUGUUUAUAUAAAUUAUAUAUUAGAGAUGGUUUUAUAUUAAGUAGUACUGCUCUUUGUACAGUUAUGUGGAUAUAUUCUUAAUUUAGAUAUUAAUUACUGAAGUGGGAAAGCGAAUUAUGAAUGAGCUAUUAAUGUAGCUUUGUUUCACUUACAUCAAUAAUAUAGUAUGUGUUUUGGC